GUGCCAAGAAGGAACUGCUGUUUAAAUCUGCUUAGUUCUUGAGCUGACUUGACACAGGACAGUGCCGCAGGGCGGAAACUUAGUACAGAAACAUACAGCCAUGGGGGAGAAAACGACACUGAAGACACUGCUCUCAGUCAUUGUUUUCUUAACCGUCUCCACCAGCGACGCAGCAGCGACGUCAAACCGAACAAGUGGAAGAAAGUAGACCACAUCAUUCUCAUCGUAGCGGACGAUUUGGGUUGGAAUGACGUCUCUUGGAAUAAUCCCAACGUUUACAUGCCCCACAUGCAAGACCUCGCCAUGAAUGGGGUCAUACUGAAUUAUUCUUACGUCCAGCCCACGUGUACGCCCACCAGAGCCGCCCUCAUGACGGGCGUGUACCCAUUCAAAAUGGGGUUGCAGAAGGGCGUGAUCAGACCGACAGAACCUAGGGGCGUGCCACUCCGGGCGAAGAUGCUGCCGCAGUACCUCAAAAGCAUUGGGUACGAGACUCAUGCUAUUGGAAAGUGGCACCUAGGAUUCUGUUCGUGGGAUUAUACGCCUCUGAAAAGAGGCUUCGAUACCUUUUACGGAUUCUACACGGGGGCGUCUGACCACUACACCCACAAGAGAGCUACGCCCAUGAAAGGAGAGAAAGAAAGCUCAAUGGAAUUCCUGGAUUUGAGAAACAAUACUGAACCUGAUGACACUAAAUCUGGGCAGUACUCUACCCACCUCUUUGGAUCGGUUGCCGAGGACAUCGUGAGAUCACGCAACCCAAAGGACCCCAUGUUCAUGUACCUGGCUUUCCAGAGUGUCCAUUCCCCUCUACAAGUUCCCGAGAAUUACUCAGACUUCUACAGCUACGUGAAGGACACCAACCGCAGACUGUACUUAGGUAUGGUGACGGCCAUGGACGAGGCAGUGGGAAGGCUUGUUACAGCGCUUGAGGAAACUGGCCACUACAACAACUCUGUCAUCAUCUUCACAACUGAUAAUGGAGGCCCAAUCAGAUUUGGGGCAAGCAACUGGCCACUUCGAGGAGGAAAAGCUACUCUGUGGGAAGGAGGGAUCAGAGCGCCUGCUUUCAUUCACUCUCCACUUCUACUCAACCCUGGUACAGUCACUAAUCAGAUGCACCAUGUUACAGACUGGUUCAGCACAAUCAUUGACAUAGCUGGUGGAAAGGUUCCUCAAGUUGACGGAAUCAGUCACUGGGAUGCCUUCAACGGGAACUCGGACCAUCCAAGAGACAAGAUGAUCUGCAACAUACAAAAUGAUGAGAAAUUCCAGGCAGCUGUGAGGUUCAGUGACUACAAGAUGUUAAUCGGGAGCGUGGCUUCAGUGAAGUGGGCUUCCUCUUCCCCAUCUUCAGAUGAACCCUGGAGACCAAAGCCUUUUGUGGCAGAGGAUUCAGUCAAGGAACGAGGCAACUCUACAGGGGCUCCUUUAGAGCUCAAUAACAAUGAGGUCAGGGCGGCAGAGGUCAGCGCAGGGGAAAUAAGUUCAAAUAAUGAGUACGUCAACACAACCCACAAGUCCCCUUCUGAGGAGGGCACCGAUUCGCCUGGCGACGGCAAUAAUGCCACUGACAAUGACACUGCUUCUCCUGACGUAGGCACUGAUUCUCCUGACAAAUUAGUGAGUGCACAGAAAAGUAACGAUGCAGACAAUGGAUACUCAAGAAGUAGCAGGUCACUCUAUGAGAAUGGAGAUGUGGAUAAAGAAUCAAGCAAGAGAACUUUCGUGCGAUGGGGAGAUAUGAAGAACCACCCGAAGCUCGAAUGGGACAGCGAAGUGUUGAACACUUUGGGGAAAUUCAUAACAGAAAAAACGAGGAUUAGACUUUUCGAUGUAAAAGCUGACCCAGAAGAGAGGAAUAACCUGUCUGCCAAAAUGAUCUACCAGCUACAAUCGAUGAUCACCUAUUUGUCUACACAACUUCAGCACAUGAUACCAGUGGCCCCCAGGGCACGGUCAAGGGAGGGGCACCCUUACUUGUGGAAGAAUGUUUGGGCAUCCGGCUGGUGCAAAUCCAAGUGGUGAUAGACGUCCUAUGGAUUUAUAGGGAAGGAGAAAGGAUACCAAAGUGUUAGCAGCUAUAGAGGUCCUAUGGACUAACAGCAAAGGCUGAAGGGCAUUACAGUGUUAGAAGAAGAGAAGAACAUGAAGUGUGUGUUUGUGUGUAAGAUAAACAUCUGUGAAAAAGGAGUGUGCUGUGGUGUGUGUGAGUGUGUGUGUGUGUGUGUUUGUGUGUGUGGGAAAGAAAAAUCCUUGCAAAAGGAGAUUUGCGUAUGAAAGAGAGAGAGAGAGAGAGAGAGAGAGAGAGAGAGAGAGAGAGAGAGAGAGAGAGAGAGCUGUAAAAAAAAUUAUAUCCGAAGAAACAUCUGCUACAAUGAAAUGUCUUCAAGAUAAAUGAUUAUUUUAUAAAUAAUAACUACUCUCUCUCUCUCUCUCUCUCUCUCUCUCUCUCUCUCUCUCUCUCUCUCUCUCUCUCUCUCUCCCUUGUUAUAUGGGAUUUAAUUUAAAGAAACAUUUCAGAAAUUAAUUUUCUCAUGUCUAGAUCUUAAAGAUUUUCCUUAAUCACUAAGAAAUUUGCUCACACACACACACACACACACACACACACACACACACAGACCUUAUCUGUAAAGUAAGGUAAGGUAAGGUAAGGUCUCUCUCUCUCUCUCUCUCUCUCUCUCUCUCUCUCUGUGUGUGUGUGUGUGUGUGUGUG